GAUGCGUAAAGGUCUAGAAGUUUCUGUCAAGGAGCUGCAAGGUCGUCUUGAGGAAUGUGAAGCUAAUGCACACAAGACCGGCAAGAAGGCCCUUGCUAAAUUGGAAACCCGGAUGCGUGAACUGGAAUCACAGUUCGACGACGAGACUCGCCGUCACGCCGACGUCCAGAAGAACCUGAGGAAGUGCGAGAGGCGCAUCAAGGAACUAACCUUCCAGUCCGACGAGGACAAGAAGAACCACGAGAGGAUGCAGGACCUGGUCGACAAGCUCCAGCAGAAGAUCAAGACCUACAAGCGCCAGAUCGAGGAGGCCGAGGAGAUCGCCGCCCUCAACCUGGCCAAGUUCCGCAAGGCCCAACAAGAAUUGGAAGGAAUUAGGAACUAGAAGAGACAUUCUCCUAUUGUACAUAAUGAGUAAUUUAUGUGAAAAAUCUUCAGUUCCAAAUUUGCAAAGAUAUAGAUAAAAUCU